AUGUUGAAUUUACAAAAGCGAAUCAAGGGAAUCGACGAGAAUCGCGCCUAUCUGGGCACCCGCAUCGCCGUCCGCGACAAGCUGCUGUCGCAGGAGAUGCGCGAGAUCGAGGAGCAUCUUAAGAACGCGCCGGCGUGCAAAUUGUCGUUCCCCUCCACCUCCAAACAGCUGCAUCAGAUGUUGUUGACGGUGCGGCCGACGACCGGCUUCUAUCGUGGCGGAGUCUUUCAAUUUUCCAUCGAUGUGCCGCCGGAAUACAACAAUGUGGUGAGUGUUUAUGUUUUUCUUGAAGUUUAGGUACAAAUUCAGACGAAUAGAAGAAAAAAUUUAGUUAUAUUACUCUAGUUGAUGUCUUUGAGGAGAUCAAUAAAUUUUUGACUCAAAACUAAUUAGUGACGUUGCAGCCACCAGUAGUCAAGUGUUUAACGCGGGUUUGGCAUCCCAACAUCAACGAGGAUGGUGCGGUGUGUCUAAGUUUGCUUCGGCCCAGCUCUUUGGAUGGGAUGGGUAAGAUCAUGUUUUUUCUUGAUGAAAAUAGCUAACAAUUGGAUGGAAUUAACGCUUAUUAGUUAGAACAGAUAAUAUUCUUCCUUCCAAUCGCAAUUUCUUCCAGGUUGGAUGCCAACUCGAGGUGUGAAGGACGUAAUUCUCGGUUUGGAGAGUCUUUUCGGUGACCUAAUGGACUUUGAUGAUGCCCUCAACCUAAGUGCGGCGGAAAUGUAUAAUAACAACAAAGUAAGAAACUUCCUUUUUGUUUGUCACGUUUAGAGAAGGCUUCUCGCGUACCAGCGGGCACUCCCAAACCGCUUUAAUGAGGCCCCAAGUUUGCACGUUUUGCGGCGGUUAAAUUAAGUUAAUUUUUCAGGAUUUGUUCGCUUCCAAGGUCCGCGAUUACAUAAUGCGCUACAGCGGUGAAGGAGGGAAUCGCUACUAG